ACGAAAUAUGUUCUUGUUACUCGCUAAGCUACUUCUCCUUUCCGCGAAUUGCAGGUUUAUGUUAUUGCACAUAAACCCUUGCCAUGGCAGUCACAGCAAAUUCAGAAACCUCUCAAAUCCACAGAUUCCCUCAAUACAAAUACAUCGACGCCGUUCGUUGGCUUCCAGUUCUCUCCGCAUUCAACCGCUUCGCCGUUCUCGCUACCUCCGACUCCGAUUCCGACGUCUCUUCCAUCGAAAUCCAUUCUUUCAAACCAAACCCUAUUUCCUUCGAUUUCCAUUCUUCAUGGACCUCUCCUUCCCCAAUCUCAUCCCUCAAAGCCUCACAGUUCCUUCAGAAAUCAAUCAUCGCCGCUUCAACUUCCUCCGGCUCACUUCACUUCCUGUUCGCUGAUUCCACCGAUGGGAUGCUUGAGUCUGAGGUUUCUGUACCGGAGAAUGAGCUUCACUCGGUGGCUAAGUCUUGCAUUGAUUUGAUGGAUGGUGGAGUCGAGUGUGUUACCGUUGGAGAUGAUGGGAAGGUUAAUUUGGUUACUGCUGGAGACUCUAAUUUGAAUUAUCGGAGGCUGUUUGAUAGUGAGGGGUUGGUGUCCUACACGGCGGUGAAAUGGGCUUCACCGGUGGAGUUUGCUACCGGUGGAUAUGGAUUCGGGCUUCAAUGGUGGGAUCAGAGGAAACCGGGUGGGCCGGUUUCUCAGUUUAAGGGUAACUGGGAUACAAAAUUGACUUCUGGCAUAGUGCACUCUAUCGACAUCCAUCCAUCAAGAAAACAUACUUGCCUGGCUGGUGGAUCCUUAGGUACUGUUUUGGCUUGGGAUCUUAGGUGGCAACAACAACCAAUUAUACUCUCAGGAGCAGGAGCAGGGAAUGGGGCCGGCAACACUGGAGUCCAGUCAGUAUCUGACAGUGAGGUUUGGGAGAUUCAAUAUGAUCGUUGCAUAAAAUCAAACACUUCAUCAACCCGGAUUUUACCUGCCAUGUUAUGUUCAGAGGAUGGAAUUCUUGGCGUGAUUGAGCAAGGCGAGGAACCUAUUGAACUGCUGGCAGAACCUUGCGCCAUCAAUAGCUUUGAUAUUGAUCGACAUAAUCCAUUGGAUGUGAUAUGCAGUUUAGAGUGGGAAUCAGUAGCCAUAUUGACAAGACAAUAACAAUAACAAUAACAAUGUUGUUUGUACUCUAAUGGCUUGAAAUUCAAAACGGGGUAAAUUCUGUAGCUGAUGGAAGAACUGGAGCUAUUAACAGAUUAUUUGUGCUUCUAUAUGACCCAAUGUUAUGUUCCUUUUGUAAAGCCAUUUGUAUGAAAAUGGAUUUUGGGAUUGGUGGGAUUCUAUAUCCUGAGUUUCAUUGUAUCUUCUUCUCAACUACUUGAUUUCCAUGGAAAUUUAACUUGAUCAUAUAUAGCGCCAUAGUGGACAUUGAUGUG